AUGGGGGACGUCCCAAUGGAUGACACGGGUCCUGCCAAGCCAGACCAGCCCUUUGAAUACUUCGCCGGGUUUACUUCUUCUGAUGCUGCAGCAGACCCCCAGCCGGAAGAUACUGAGCAGAGUAUGAACGGAUCAGGACCUUCAACGCCUACCCAGGACACGAAUCCAUUCGAGGAGAGCGACAACAUUCGAAUUAUCAAGCCCUACGAUAUAGAAGAGCCCGACGAUGAUUUAGAAACUAGCGUGCCAAGGGUAGAUCUACUAUGUCUCCCAGAUCCGUUCGAGCAAUGGCAGCGCGAGUUGACAGACUAUCUGAAUGGGUUAGACUACGAACACGUUGGAUUUGAUAGCAAUGCAAUGCCUUUGGUGCGAAAGAGAGGGAAGAAGAGAAAGCCAGCCCACAACGCUCUCGCUACACAGCAGUGCUAUCCACACUUGGCACAAGGACAUGCAUCGGCCGGGACUCAGCCUGAAGAGCAUGGGCAUUCCCCCAAAAGACGAAGGUUUGAACUGCCAAAGUGGCAUGCCCAAGACAUAGAUUCAUUUGGGACAUUCCGGGAAGCCAACGCGAAUGAAAGCUCAGGUUCUGAGACGGCAUCAAUCGACCUGUGUGGUGGCAAUGAUGGCACGGAUAACUCACCCAUGGCCGACGAGAUGGAUAUAGACUGA